AUGUUGGACCAACCGUCGGCAAGUUCUGCAUCAUCACUUAGAACCGCUGUUUCGUCCCUUAAAGAAGUCCACAACUCGGCCAGUACGCUUAACGAGGAUAUGCGGGAAUUGCUUGAGCAAGUGGAAAUAGUUGAGAAACUACCCGAUUCAACUAAUCUCGCACAGAUCGAUGGUUGGCGAUCGAGCGAUUUGUUCGUGUUCAAUUGCCCAGGCACAGAGACCAAUGAUUUCAGAAUGUCAGGUUAUUUCCAAGGUCAAGAGUAUACGUCAUUUGAAGAAGAGGAGAAUAUCACGAGUCUAGAACCUGUUCUCAAAUCAUUGAAAAGCAAGGCGACUGGCUCAUUCACAGCAGGGUUUCCGUACGAUACCAAGUUUGUUAGAGCUCUGCUCAAGGAUGUCCAUGUAAUGGCGAUAGGAGAUUCGUUGAUGCGAGGAAUUUACAAGGAUCUACUCGUAAUGUUGCACGGAGGUGAGCUCAUUGAUGAUAGCAGCUUGAAAGCCAAGACGGAGAACCAAUUUUUUGGUGAUCGACAGAUAGACUUCCUUCCACUCGAAAAGGACCGCGUCUUCAGACAAGCACGAGAGUACCACACAAACUAUUUCCUGAUUCAAUAUCUGUUCACAACGAGGAUCAUGAAAGACGACAUAGAUACGGCACUGCUGGAACUAUGUUCUGCUAACGAGUUCCCGGAUGUAAUACUGAUUAACUCAUGUUUGUGGGACAUGACAAGGUAUUCGAGGGCUUUCGAUCAAGAUGUUCCUCCUCAUAUUAACAGGCAAGCAGGAGUCGAGCGUGCAGCUCUCGAAGAGUUUCUGGAACGGGUCUCGAUGUUGAUCCGGCGUCUCCGCUUGAUCAUGCCACCAACUACACAGGUUAUUUGGAUAAAUAUGCCGUGGCCUAUUCCCUCAGACAUGCGGUCGAUUUUGAACAGAGUUGACAAUAGUGACACGAGGUAUCUCAACAGAAUGAUGAUUGUUGAUGCCAAUUACCGUGCCUCGCAACUGUUCCGGGCAGCUGGCUACGAUGUACUUGACAUAAACUUUUAUAUGCGAAAUCAAGCUCUCUACGCAUACCGUGUAAAAGAUGGGUGUUCAGAUUGUAUAGGAACACGUAUAAUGACACAGUUAGUCAUUGGACAUCUAGCACGGUCUUGGAAUAUUCCUCUUCCUGCUAGAAUCAAAGAUAAACUUGCGAAAUUGUUUUAUGAGGCGUUGCGACGUGAUAUCUGCACCAUGCGACUUUUCACACUGCUCGAAGAUAAUCCUGAGAUAGAGAAACACCUAGAGUUGGAAGAUAAUUGGAAACUUGAGGAGAUGGUCGCCGACUUUCCAAAUGUGGCGGAAUUCAUAGGAGGUGUAGUACCUCAGGAGAUCACAGUAGUAGUGGAUGAAGGAGCUGUGGACAAAGCGAAAACUCGCAAACGCAAGCAUUCCCCGGAUCGGUUGUGA